GGGGAGAACCCAUUCCUUUAUAUCAACACAUCUAUUUUGUCUGUUUCAGUUUCAGUUUGACAAUGGCAUAUUUCAACGACUCAAAAUCAUCAGAUGAAGAAUUGAGAAUAUUACUGGUUGGGAAAACAGGAGUUGGUAAAAGUUCAACGGGUAAUACAUUACUUGGCAAACAAGUAUUCGAAACUGCUAAAUCGUUGACCUCUGUUACUAGGGAAACGCAGUAUGGAGAAGCUGUCCGAUUUGGUCGCCGAUUAACUGUAGUUGACACUCCAGGGUUUUACGAUACUGAACAGAGUAACACAGAAAUAGUACGUGAAAUUAUGAGAAUAUUUGGCUUUUUGAGUCCUGGAAUACAUAUCCUUAUGUAUAUAAUGGAUGUUGAAAGGUUUACAGAAGAGUGCAAUAAAAAAAGACUUGGUUCAGUUCAUUUUGUGUUACCAAGAAUUCCAAGAAACAUUUCACCAGGGGAGGAACAGAAAGCAGAGAGAAGUGGAAAGACCAAGAUGAAGCCAGUAUCCUUUAGACAAACACCAGUUUCUUAUCGCAACAAAGUCAUGGAAGCCGUUGAAGAAGACGUCACAAGUAUUGAUGCAUCUAGUCGUUCUGAUGACCCUCACAAUUUACGAGAAGAGAAGGUAGAUAACGAAGAGCGCCUGUCCUAUCUAGCAGAUGCGUCCUUUAGGGAAACAUAA